AAAAAUUGCACCACUGUAGUGCGUAAUGCAUUUUGCUGGAAGGCGGAAGCAGUAUGCCCAGUUGAUACUGCACUGGACUUGCCUGGUACUGGCUGGUCGCAGCCACUAUGUGUGUUUAGCUGUCCGAAUCUCCUUCAGCCUGAUCUGGUAGAUGUGUAUAAUUUAAAAGAGAAAUACGUUUGGUUAUCUGUAUUCAUUGUUCUAGCUUAGUCCAGCAUAUGCAUAUAUACGAUCUCAUCCUGGUUUGGAAAUGAAGCUCUAUUUGAGUUUAACUUCGUAGUCUAGCUCGGUGAAUGCAGUUUAUGUAUCCGUUUAUAUAUGUAGAUUUACUUAUCAGUGUUACAAUUAUUUUUAUACAAGUAACUAAUCAUAAUCUCAACUUUAUAUCGGUUCAUAUAGAUAUCAUAUUCAGUCAACUAUUUAGUCAACUAAAUAGCAGUUUAACAUAUCUAGACAUAUACAACUAAUCAAAACUCACCUUUUUUUAAAAUAAAUAUAAUUUCUUUAACUUAUAUCAUACAACUCUACGAAACCUUAUCAGAAGAAACACACCCCAUAUCUCCCGCUGUAUUCCGUAACGAGACCAUUGUGAUGGUGUGAACAGUGAUAUACCUCUUCUUUUCUAAAAAGAAGCUUUCGAUCACACUACGCACUAUCAGUCUCCAGCGGCCGCACGUUGGUAGUCCAGCGCCAGCCAGGGAUCAGGAUCACCACAAUCUUGCAGAUUUUUUUGGCACAAGUCACUGUCACACAUUCUCAGAUACACAAGUUGCAAUUAAAAGUGCUUGUCACACAACCUGCUGAAAAAAAGCGUCCAACCACCACGAGCUGGAUUAGAGUAGCAAAAUGCAGGAGCAGAAGCUGACAAGCUAGACAGGAGGAACCCAAACCAUGGCGUCCAUCCACCACGAACUACAGGAAGAAGAGCAGGAGGAAGGAGAAGAGCACGACCGCCAUGACAGCCAUAUCACCUCUCCACUUCUGCAACCAUCGGGCGAGGAUUGGGAGGCAGGGGCGAACUCGCCGAUCGAGCAGGUGGCGCUGACGGUGCCGGUGGGCGACAACCCGGAGACGCCGGCGCUGACGUUCCGGAUGUGGGUGCUGGGCACGGCGUCGUGCGCGCUGCUGUCCUUCCUCAACGCGUUCUUCUGGUACCGCAAGGAGCCGCUCACCAUCACGGCCAUCUCGGCGCAGAUCGCCGUGGUGCCACUGGGCCGGCUCAUGGCGGCGGCGCUGCCGGAGCACGCCUUUUUCCGCGGCACGCGGUGGGAGUUCUCCCUCAACCCCGGGCCAUUCAACGUCAAGGAGCACGUGCUCAUCACCAUCUUCGCCAACGCCGGCGCCGGCAGUGUCUUCGCCAUCAACGUCAUAACCGCUGCCCGGGUGUUCUACGGCCAGCAGACCUCCUUCUUUGUCUCACUCCUCGUUGUCCUAACCAGCCAGGUGCUGGGUUUCGGUUGGGCGGGAAUAUUCCGGCGGUAUCUGGUGGAGCCGGCGUCGAUGUGGUGGCCGUCCAACCUCGUGCAGGUCUCCCUGUUCAGGGCACUUCAUGAGAAGGAACGAAGAAGCAAAGGUAGCAUGACGCGCAACCAGUUCUUCAUGGUGGCAUUCCUCUGCAGCUUUGCCUACUACAUCUUCCCGGGCUACCUAUUCCAGAUGCUUACAUCUCUGUCCUGGAUCUGUUGGAUCUUUCCCAACUCCGUGGUUUCCCAACAGCUUGGCUCAGGUCUCCACGGCCUUGGCAUUGGUGCAAUUGGGGUCGACUGGUCAUCCAUUUCCUCAUACCUCGGAAGCCCUCUCGCUAGCCCCUGGUUUGCCACUGCCAACAUUGCUGCUGGCUUCUUCAUCGUCAUUUAUAUAAUCACACCGAUCACGUACUGGUUCAAUAUCUACAAGGCACGCAACUUCCCCAUCUUUUCAGACGGUCUCUUCACAGUGACUGGACAGAAGUACAACAUCUAUAGCAUUAUGGACUCCAAAUUCCAUUUUGAUACCGAUGCCUAUCAGAAGAAUGGGCCAUUAUACAUCAGUACCUUCUUUGUUUUCAGCUAUGGUCUAGGUUUUGCAUGCCUUUCCGCAAUGGUUUCCCAUGUUCUCCUUUUCCAUGGAAGUGAAAUUUGGCAGUUAAGCAAAUCAGCUUUCCAGGAGAAGAAGAUGGACAUACAUACAAAGCUUAUGAGGAGAUACAAGCAGGUCCCUGAAUGGUGGUUCAUCUGCAUCCUUGUUGCUAGUGUUGCAUUCACCAUGUUUACUUGUGAGUACCACAUUGAGCAACUGCAGUUACCCUGGUGGGGGGUACUGCUUGCAUGUGCCCUUGCCAUUUUCAGCACCCUUCCCAUUGGAAUUAUCAAAGCAACAACCAACCAGACUCCGGCCUUGAAUAUCAUCUCAGAGUACAUCAUCGGAUACUUAUAUCCAGGACGUCCCAUUGCAAACAUGUGCUUCAAGGUAUAUGGAUACAUUGGACCGCAGCAAGCUCUAGAAUUUUUGCAAGAUUUAAAGUUGGGUCACUACAUGAAGAUUCCCCCUAGGACCAUGUUCAUGGCUCAGGUUGUGGGCACUUUAAUAGCUGCUGUUGUAUACCUUGGAACAGCAUGGUGGUUGAUGGCCACAAUCCCCAAUAUCUGCAACACCGAGCUCCUUCCAGUGGAUAGCCCUUGGACAUGCCCAUACGAUCAUUUGUUUUACGAUGCAUCAGUCAUAUGGGGCCUUAUUGGCCCACAGAGAAUAUUUGGUGAUUUAGGCACUUACUCAGCCGUGAACUGGUUCUUCUUGGGUGGUGCCAUUGCUCCCCUCCUUGUCUGGUUUGCACACAAGGCAUUCCCAGCUCAGAAGUGGAUCCUACUUGUCAACGCGCCCAUACUGAUCGGUGCGACCAGCUUUAUGCCUCCUGCCACUGCAGUCAACUAUAAUGCAUGGAUAUUCGUUGCAUUUUUGUCAGGUUACGUGGUCUAUAAGUACCGGCGAGAUUGGUGGGAGCGACACAAUUAUCUGCUGUCAGGUGCCCUUGAUGCUGGUUUGGCAUUCAUGGCUGUCUUGCUAUAUCUAUGCCUCGGACUUGAGAACAUCAGUUUGAAUUGGUGGGGCAAUGAUUUGGAUGGAUGUCCUCUGGCUUCAUGCCCCACUGCAAAGGGUAUAAUUGUACAUGGAUGUCCAGUGCAUAGCUGAGAAUCUUCUCAACGAUGUCAGUACCUGGGGAUAAAACUAAAGUUACCUUAAGGAGCAUGCAAGGAUAAAUGAACUAUGCAGAUACGAGAAGUCUGGAUGAUAUUCUUCAAAGCUUAAGAAAGAUUUUAGACCAUUCAAGAUGAGGAACCGAGAUGUGCUUAGAAAGAAGAAACUGCGGGGUCUUGAUGAUAUGGUGAACAACUUGAUUCCACAUUUGCCGGUAAAGAUAAAGAUGCAAUUAGGAUUCCA